UUCGUUUGGCUUAAUCGGGGGCUCAACGUUCUUUGCACAGAAGUUGACCAACAUUCUCCAUCAUCCCUUGCCUCGCUCACCACACACACACAUCCAAUGCCUUCCAUGGCUCGGCCACCAGCUCACUCCCAGCUGUCUGGUGCUCCAGCCCAGGGACCAGGACCCGCGGUCGAUCCCGCGUUCACAGCACCAGAUUUUGAUGUCAAGGCAUGGAUCAAUUCCCUGCUCGAUGCAGCCCCGCGCUACCAAGACGCGACCAUACCUUCGACCAACGCGACCACGUCGACCCUUAGCAAUGGAACCAGGGGCGGUGCGUUAAAGACUUCUGUUUCGUCAGCAUCUCUUGAUGGCGCAGAGGCCUCGUUGGACGCCUCCCUCGACCUCUUACAGACACCUGCACUCGACCCUGUCCUCGAUGAUGCCAAGGCACACACUGACGAGGAGACACUGGGAAGAAUCUCUUCAACCAUUCCAACACCACCGGGCAGCCAGCAGCGACAACAGCAACAGCAGUCGACAAUCACCAGCGACGCCAAAAGCCAGAACGCCCUCUUGACGCAGUACGCGACAACCCAUCUGACAAAGUUGCACCUCCUCGCCAGCCAAAUUUCGGCUGCUCUGGCGACUACAACACAGGACAUGGUCAAGCUGCUCCCCAGAUUGACUCACGAGCUGGAUCAAUUGAGACAGGAGACAAAGAACUUGCAGGAGGGCAUCCGUCUCGUCAGGAACGACAUCAACACUGUUGACACUUCGGACACUGUCCAAGCCCUAGAUCGACUCAAGUAUCUCGAUCUGGUCAAAACCCGAAUGGAGGCUACGCAUGCUGCACUCAGAGAAGCAGAGAAUUGGAGAAACCUCGAGGCCGAGGCGUACGACAUCUUUGCAAAGGGCGAUUUUACCAGGGCAGCCACACGGCUUUCAGAGGCAGAGCGCUCUCUGGUCGUCUACAAGAACACUAAUGUCGAGGGAGAUCGAAUGGCGCUGCUGUUGGCGCUCAAGGGCCAACUGGAGCUACAGGUCAUGGGUAAGGCUAAGGAGGCAUUGGAGCAAAGGGAUACCGCCGCAUGCCAGACCCUUAUCAAAGUUUUCGCACUCAUCGGUCGUCAGGAAAAGUUCCAGGAAUUCUACAUCUCUCAACGCCGUACGCCCCUGAUGGAACAAUGGAGGCGGCUUACUGAGACCAUGAACAUAACCACCAGAGGUGGAUCUGCUGCAUCACCACAAGGCUCCGCUGCGGACUCCAAGGACUUUGUCGCUAUAUUGCAAAAAUUCUACACAGACGCAUCGAGCAUGUUGCAUGAUGAAUUUGCGUGGAUCACUAGUAUCUUCUCAGACCCAUCAGCCACUAUCCACAGCCUGGUGCAGGAUAUCUUUUCGCACAUUGAUCCCAGCAUGCAUUCAGCCCUCCAACAUAUCGGCAAGACUCAAGGAGACGAGGGCAGCCUUCCGAUCUUAAUCGCAGCCUUUGCAGCUACAGAGUCUUUCGGAACAAGGAUGGAGCGUAUUGUCUCGCAGCCACUGGUCGGGAACCAACGCGAGCACAGCGGAAAUCGGCCAAGAGCAGGUACUCUUGUUCAGGACAGCAACUCAAAGGCCGGCAAAGGAAUGCAGUUCUCGCGCUUAUCGCUUGCACCAGAGUCGCUCGAGCUCGGACCGAUUCAGGAGCCGCACGAGUGGGCUUAUAUUCUGUAUGAACCAUUCAUGGCAUACCAACGCGAUUAUGGCAAGCUGGAAGGGGCACAUUUGCAAGCACUGCUUUCCAAGUCCGUACCGUCGAUGGCGGCUUAUCAUGACAACUUUGCCAAAAGUCGGGAACUUGCUAAAAGCAGCUCAAACCUGGUCAAGAUCAUGACAAGCACCAACACGCUGGCAUUCAGUUUAGCGGAAGGCGCUAUUGGACGGUGCAUGCGGUUGACACAUGGAUUCGGUGCGUCUGGGCUCUUGGACGGUCUCAACGGUUUUUUCAAAGACAUCAUGGAUCGCUACACCGAGAUUCUGAUGGAGUGCCGCCGGAGAUCAGGAUUACAGACGGACGACGCUGGAAAUAGUACUGCCAGGCAGGGUGAUCAAGGCCGAAGUUCGAGGCCCAGCACCAGGUAUGAGACUGCGGAGGAUGAAGAAGAUGAGGAUUCUGAAGGCUGGGAUGAAGACGUGCACGAACAGGACCAGCGGCUUUUCCAAAUGGGCCUUCGUCUUAUGGUCCUUUGCCGGCAGUUCUGUCUCAAGCUGGAACAGCUGGAUCUUAAGACGAAGAAGGCCCUUCGCGGUGUGGAGGACUUGGUCAAGACCGACAGAACGACUCAAGAUCGGUCAUCUCAAGGAUCGCACCAUCACGCACCCACCACAUCACUGGAGCACGGAUCUUCAAGUUCUGGUCUGAAGCCGAACGUACAACCUCCGAAUGCCUCCAUUGCACUUCUUCAGCAAUCGAACCUAAACAGCUAUCGUCUUUCGGAGAUCUUGGAAAUUGUCAAGAAAUCGGAUCCAAAGGAGGAACAGACGGCCAGCGCAGGACUCACAGGCGAUGGGAAGGCGAGUUUGGACCGCCUCUCUGCCGAGAUGGAACUUGGACUGGAGCCCAAGGCGAAUCAUCUGUUCUUGCAGAGCCAUCAGCGCGCGGUUCAACUCACAAGGCUCUGUCAGCGGUUUAUUUUCGACUCUGUGUAUAUCCCCUUGGUACGACCUCUCGCGGAUAUUGCGUUGCUUCCAUGCUGGACUGAGGGGAUCGAUCAGCCAAACCAGAGCGACGACGCGAAGGGCGCCCGAAGAGUUCAUCAGAGUACUAUGGGCGGCACCCGCACGGAUGUAAUAAGGUUUAGGUCGAGUCCAAGUGAUUAUAUGGAGGAGCUAUUGAGGCAGCUUUUGGAAUUACCGCUUACGUUUGGAAUGUAUGAAGGAGACGUUGGACUUCGUUUCGGGAUCCAUUCAUUACCUUAUGCGGACAAGCCGUUCGAUCUGGCACAGCAACAGCAACAGCAGCAGCAGGACCAACAAGAGUCGGCAGAGCAAACAUCGGGUAUGUCUACGGACGCGGAUGUGGAUAUUGUAGGAAGGGACACAGAGAAGGAUUUGGGCGUUGGUGAGGCUGACUUGACAUUUUCGGAAGAGUCGAAGGAAUCUGAGGAGGAGAUGGCGGAAGAAGACGACCUGGCAGUGAUGCAUCGGUGGAUUACAUCUCUGUCGAGGGCUGCUAUGCAUACUAUUAUCGAGCGGUUAUAUAACCCAAAUUUGGGACACACCAAGGACUCGGCCACAGCGGCAUCUCAGGCAGCCAAUACAUCUCCUUCGAACCAACUCAGUCGAUUCGCGGGGUCAUUGUCUAGUGGCCAAGUUGGCGUUACGGGUGCUGCUUCUAAGGAGCGACGUUACUUGACACGAUUGUCUGAUGCCGGUAGCAAGCAACUGGAGAUGGAUCUUGGAUACUUUGUCGACACCUGCUUGGGAUCCUUGGCGAUUGAACCUACAUCGAGUAUCCGGGCUUUGAUCAAGGCGUUGCGACUGACUGAAGCAGGACUCUUGAUGGCUUUGCAGCAGGUACAGCAGCAGAGGGAGGAAUAUGAUCGCACUCUGGAGGAAUCCGGUUCGAGGUCGAAAAGGUCUUCUGCUGUGGUAGAUCCGCAGCAGGUGUCGCUGGUGAUCUCAGGAGCACCUGUCAUGCCCUCGGUGUUAGUGAUUGCAGAAGAAGAUAUAGCUGGACAGCUGGAGCUGGAGCAGAGGGUAUUGGAGUGGGUGGCCAAAUUGAAGGGAAUCAAUGUUUCUAGUACUUAGAGUCGUCAAUAUACAGAUGUUAUCAUGGA